AUCUUCCACAAAACACCAAAUUCUCACUGCUCAUUCUCUCAUUUUUAUACAUUUUUUUUCUAAUGGCUGUGAAUCAAAGUGGCAAAAAAGUAAGUGCUGCUUCUGCUAGAGCUCACACUAAAAAAACCAAGAAAAAUACCCCAUUUUUCCUUUCUUCAAUUAUGAUUGCACAAAUAGCAGUAGCAACAACAGUUGGGGUGCUGGGAUGGGCUUAUUUGGCAUUACUUAAGCCUCCCCCUCCAAAAGUUUGCGGCUCUCCGGGUGGUCCUCCAGUGACUUCGCCAAGGGUCCAACUCAGUGAUGGGAGACAUUUAGCCUACAAAGAGGGAGGCGUUGCCAAGGAGAAGGCAAAGUACAAGCUCAUUAUUGUUCAUGGCUUUGAUAGUUCCAAAGACUUGACAUUACCUAUUUCCCAAGACCUAAUACAAGAGCUCCAGAUAUAUAUCCUACAAUAUGAUCGUGCUGGUUAUGGAGAGAGUGAUCCACAUCCAAAACGCUCAGUAAAGAGUGAAUCAUUCGACAUUGAGGAGCUAGCUGAUAAGUUGCAACUUGGGCCCAAGUUUUAUCUGCUUGGCGUGUCCAUGGGAGCCUAUCCUCUAUGGAGUUGCCUAAAGUAUAUACCUAAUAGGCUGGCCGGAGUUUCCCUUGUUGUUCCGUUUGUAAAUUAUUGGUGGUCCUGUUAUCCUCCGAAACUAGCGAAAGAAGGUCUAGGGAAGAUGCUUGCACAAGAUCAACGAACAUUUCGAAUUGUGCAUUAUGCUCCAUGGUUGGUUCAUUGGUGGAUGAACCAAAAGUGGUUCCGUGCUUUAAGUAUUACGGAAGGGAACAUGGCGAUAUUUAGUCCUCCAGAUCUAGAAAUGGUGAAACAGUUAUCCGCUGCCCCUAGUCUUGGUCAGGAAAAGAUACGACAGCAGGGCGAGUUUGAAUGUUUGUAUCGGGACAUGAUAAUUGCUUUCGCAAACUGGGACUUUGCUCCAACGGAAAUCAAAAAUCCUUUUCCAGAUAACGAGGGUUCGGUCCAUCUUUGGCAAGGGCAUGAUGACAGAAUUAUUCCGCGCGAACUCAAUCGUUAUCUAGCAGAGAAGAUUCCUUGGAUUCAAUAUCAUGAGGUUCCUAAUGCUGGUCAUUUGUUAAUCUACAAUGCUAGUUGUUGUGAAACCAUCUUAAGGAAACUUUUCACUGGUUGAAUGACAAAAUGUAUGAUGUAAAGUUAGUAUCAUGUAUUUGUAGUUAUGAUGCUACAUAAGUUAGUGAUUGUAAACUUAAGCGAUAGUUAUGAACUUCAUUAGCUUUGUGUAAUAAAGCCGAGGUCAAAGUUUUCCACUA